UCCAGGAUCAACACAAACGCCGACAGACUCAGAGCAGUGAAGGACUCAGCCGGAGAACCACCAGCAGCCAGUCUAUAUCAUAACAAGAUUUGGACACAUUUAAUACUGUGAGAUUCCUCUGUAGCUUGUAGUUUCCACGUUGCUGAUGUUGACGGGGCUGAAAUAAGUAAAGAAAUACUGAUAAAAUACAGUUGGAGAACCCCGUAACUUGGGGUGGAAGACAUCACCCCAUUUCCCUACCAGAACCAGUUGGGCAAGGAGCAAUACAGUUAAAAUGGAGAACCUGCACUCCCACUGCCUUAAAUGCAUUAACAGAAGAUGCAUGGUCAGACCAGAGACUGGUGUUUGCUGCGACCUCAUCGGCUGUCCUCUUGUCUGUGGGGCAGUUUUUCAUUCAUGCAAACUAGAGGAACACCAUCUACUGUGUCCAUAUGAACGGCAGCCGUGCCUUAACAGCGGAUUUGGCUGCCCGUUCAAUAUUCCAAGGAUCAAGAUGGCACAUCACCUUGAGACGUGCCCAGCAAGUAUAGUAUGUUGUACGAUGGAGUGGAAUCGCUGGCCUGUGAGCUACUCUGAUCGCAAGUCCUAUGAAAACUUGAGUAAAGAUGUUGAUGAGGUGGAGCAGCUAGACAUGGCCUUGGCCCUUCAGGAUCAAAGGAUGUUGUUAGAGUCCCUGAAGGUCACGACAACUGUGUCAAAGAAUGGAGAUAAGGAAGCAGGUGAAAGUGACAAAAUGGCCACAGCACCAAGUCUGCCAGAGACAGUGUUAGGUAAUGGAACCGUGGAAAUGGAAGAGGAACCCUAUAAUGGGUUGUAUAGAGCCUCAAUGGAGACGAGCCGAAGUUUAGCAGCAGCCUUGGACAUCCUCUCUAAUUCCACAGAUAUUGGUGUAAUUGUUGGAAAUUUAAAUGGGGAAAAAACAGACAAGAAUGGAGCACUCCACAAUGGAGAAAAUGGUGAUAGUCAUAAUGUUUUUGUCGCUGAGGGUGGGAAGAAUGUAGAGAUGCAAGAGAGUGACUCUGAUACUGAGUGUGAGCUUGGAGCAGUAGGUGGAGUCGAUUGUGCAGUGGGGACAGAUGGAGAAGAUGGGAUUGGCUGGGCAAAAGAAAAUGAUUUUGUAGAGUUGUUUUUUGAAGAGAAGGAAGAGAAUAUCGAGGAGCCAAUAAAUGAUUCCAACCUUGUCUGGCCAGAGAUGCCUCAGAAUUACGUGCCUGUUUUAGCACUGGAACCUCCUGUGCCUCAACAAGCACCCCUUUCACCUCCGAUGCCAUUCCUGCUGUCUGAUCACGUGAGAAAUAACUUCUUACAACACUUACCUACUGAACUCAGGUAUAGGUGUUUGGAGCGUAAACUACAAAAUGUAGAAGUGCUUAGAGGAAUAAGUAUGUUUACAUUUAAUGGACGCCGGGCUCUGCUAUCAGACCCAUACUUAUUUCGGGCAAAGAUGGAGGACAAGGCAGUAGACACAUCUGACCUGGAAGUAGCAGAUGACCCCAUGGGACUCCACGGCAUUGAUCUCAUCACGGCAGCUUUGCUCUUUUGCCUCGGCGACUCUCCAGGAGGCAGAGGAAUCUCAGACAGCAGGUUUGUCGAUGGCUACCACAUUGACUUUGGUACUCAAACAUUCUCCUUCCCUUCAGCCAUUCUUGCAACCAAUACCAUGGUGGGUGAUAUCGCUUCAGCCUCAGCCUGCGAUCACGCCAGCCCACAGCUUUCCAAUCCAAGCCCCUUCCACACACUCAGGCUGGACCUGGUGCUUGAAUGUGUGGCCCGAUACCAAACGAAGCAGCGUUCCAUGUUCACAUUUGUGUGUGGGCAACUGUUCCGGCGGGACGAGUUCUCCUCUCAUUUCAAAAACGUUCACGGGGAUAUUCACGCUGGACUUAACGGUUGGAUGGAGCAACGGUGCCCCUUAGCCUACUAUGGCUGCACCUACUCCCAAAGACGAUUCUGUCCAUCUGUACAGGGCUUCAGAAUCAUCCAUGACAGGCACCUUGGCUCAUUUGGGGUUCAGCCUGGUUUGCCCUUAAAUACUGGGGACAACCUUCCAAGAAACAUCUGCCACUUUGGCUCUCAGUGCGAUCAGUUCAGCAGUCUUCCAUUUGAGGUGUUGCAACAUGUAGCAAGCUUCCUGGACAGCUUUAGCUUGUGCCAACUGUCCAGAGUGUCCCGGACCAUGAGGGAUGUGUGUGCAAGUCUGCUCCAGAUGCGUGGCAUGGUCGUCCUGCUGUGGGAGAAGACACGGCGUGCUGAUGGGUCUCCUUCAUGGCAGAUCACAGACAAGGUAUGGCGAUUCAGCACAGCUUUUGGUACAGUGAACGAGUGGAAGUUUGCCAACAUCGCCAGCAUGGCAGACCACCUCAAGAAGUGCAAGUUCAAUAAGAUUUCUCGUCGGGAAGAGGCGAUCCCUCUGCCAUGCAUGUGUUUCACCAGAGAGCUCACGAAAGAGGGAAGGUGCUUACGUUCAGUUCUCAAACCAGUAGCAUAAGUGAUUUUUUAAAAAGAUGUCAUCUUUUGGACAUUUCUGAGACCAUUAGAACUUAAAUACACAUGUAUUUUCCUCCAGUGUUUACAGACAUUUGUCUCUUCCAGCCUCAGAAAGAUAGAAAACUCCUGGUUGAACAUUAUAAACAGUUGGUUGUUCUUUCCUUUACUCCCAUAGAUAAGAUAAAAACAAUAGUGGGCUGAUUUAUACUUUAGUGGAGGCUGACAUACUGCAGUCACAGUUCAGGACUGUAAACAAGCCAAUAAAAUUGUUAGCAUUGUAUCUUUCCCUCUGAUGGAUUUCUUAAUACCAGUGUACUGAAGUUGUCUUGUCUCUUCUGACAUUGUGUAAAUAAUCAGAUGUAGAUAUUUUUUAUUUUUAUAUCAAAACGUCAGUACUAUGCUACAGUGGAGGUAAGACUAGAGCCUUUACUUGUGAUACACUUGAUUUUUGGAGGUUGUUCAGAACAUCUCAGUGAGAUCGACUGUUUCUAGCUGGAAGAGUUUACUGGUAUCUUGCAUGGUUUUAUAUCUUAUCCUGAUACUUAGAUCUCAUAGAUAUCAUGGCCUUAAUUCUACAUGUUAAGACUGACCAAACAUCUGUGGUAGCUGUGCACAAUGUAUGCCAUUUUACAGAAGGGUCAUUCUGGAUUCAUUGUGGAUGGUGGUUUUUCUUCACCAGCAUACACGAGUCACCAUCAUAAUUUUUGGUGUUUUAAAUGUAGUGUGCUUUGGGGUUUGGCACAUUAAAGCAGUGACAAAGAUGGUCCAUCUUACUUUUUUCUCAUCUGGCCUCUGACUAAUGGGCUGGCAUGUUAGUCAGGUGAGAGAUUAAGUAACACUAUACACCAGCCAAACGGCAAAACAUUUUUAGCUAUGGUUGGUUUGUGGUUUGUCUGUUCUACCAGCUGUAUUUCUUUUUUUUUUUUUUACAAGUAACCAGCACGUUUGUAGUUUGUUUUAUACAAAAAAUCUGAGUGUACUAAGUAAAAUGAUGAAUGUAUUUAGUGAUUAUAAGAGUCCAUCAGUGACUGUGGUUGGUGAGCAGAAAGCUUGGGUUCCUUUCCUCAGUGUCAGACCUCAUAAAAUCCUGCAGGCCAGGUGUUGAAUAGAACAAGCACACUCCCUCCAGUAAUGAGCGGUCCUAACUAUGUUCAUAUUCAUUAUUUAUCUUGGUUGUGUGUUUUUGGCACUACAUGUCCACUGUGUUCGAAUGUUGUUGGCUUCUCAGGGUCGUAGCAUGAAGCUUUGUCUCACAGUAGAUUGUGUGAAGUCAACAUAAUUGCAGAGAAUGACACAACGACUUGUCAGCUACUUGAUUAUUGUGGGGUCUUAGGACUGACCGGUGUACCACUCAGUAUUAUAGUAACAUAACCGUGUGUGUUGCAGUGCGGGACUAACAAAUUACAUGUUUGUCAUCCAUUGAGCUAUAACUGAAAUAGGCUGAAUGUUCUUUGGAGUGAUCAGACUUGUUGAACACCUUUUUUAAUUACACUUUUAGUUUGGAUUAAGAUAUAAGGUCUAAGAAAAAUGGCUUCAAAUUUUUUGCAAUGUGGCAUGCAGAUUGGUUGAAAAUGUCACAGAAAAGUGACUUAUUACUGGUAAGAAAAAGUGGAUAUUCCUUUUGAGAAAAUGUGUUGGGUUUUUUUUGUUGUUUUUUAUAUAUUAUUUUAAGUUUGAGGUAAAGCCCAAGCAAUGUCAGAACUAAGAUGUCUUCUUACUGUAAGAAGUCCCAAUACAUGUCUGGUUUAUUUCUUAUGUUUUUUGUUUUUUUUACUGGUACUUUUAUUUGGAAAGAAAAAUAACCUGCCUCUGUAAUGUUUAGAUUUAUAUUUGAAUUAUUGAUUUGCACAUGAAGGCAUGUACUGUAAACAUUUUAAUCAUAAUACUGAGGGGUUUGUCUUUGCUCAAGUAGCGGGAAUUUUACUCCCUCAUGUUUUGCAUGUCAGUUUGAAAUAAUGUGAUUUGGUGAUGUGUCUGUCAGUCCAGCUGCAUUUAUAGUUUAUAUCUCAGGCACAGUGCAUCAAUUUAGUACGUUUUUAUAUUAACUGUUACAUUUUUUAAAUACUUGUAUGGUAAUGAACUUCAGCCAGGUUCUUCAGGUUUAAUGGAUGGAGUGCAUAACCUGAAAAUGAAAUGAGGUUCAUACAACAAUAAGACAAAUGUAUUUAAUCGGCAGCACACGUCUUGUGUUUUUAGUAAUACAGUCUUUGCAGGCACCUGGAGUUUAUCAACACUUUCAUUCAGCAUUUUAAGUUUUGUUUUCACUACAGCUGAAGUGUAUUUUUCACCACAUUAUGCCAGCUUCAUUUGUUUGACUUUUGAAGCAUUUUAAUAAAGAGGCUCUCAGUUUUUAAA